UUGUCCACAGAUGGCAGUCAUAUCUGCCAUUGCCAUUUGUAUUGGAAUUGAAGAUUCUAAUGGCUUUGUUAGUAGUGCAAAAUUUUUGUAAAGGUUAAACACAAGUGUAUUUAUUUCAUUGUUCAUAUGUUCUAUUAAUUUAGAUGUAUAUAAAUUACAAGAGGGAUGUAUAUACCGAGCAGACUGUUACAUAAUUAUGCGUUACUAGUGUCCUUAGCACGAAGAUAACACAUGGUUAACAUGUGACAUGUGGUCAGCCUCCUGAUCUUGUGACCUCCUGACACUACCAGUACACAUCAAGCAAAGCGUAAAAUAUUUCGUAUAAUGCCCGUGAAUCUGUGUGGAAGAAUUCUCGUGCAUACGAAAUUGUGGCAUGCAUCAGAAUCUUCAAAAUGCUGAAGUCCGGUUUCUGAAACGCGUGCUGUGUGCGGAGGGAUGAUGUUCAUGUCAGUAAAAUGGCAAAUGAAUUGUUUGUGCUGACAGAAAUUGACAACCUCAAUGCAAUAUUUGGUCCACUGAAAUCAACACACAGAAUUAAGUACACGUGCUUCACCGUCUCUAGAAACUUCCUAAUUUUUGGUGCCACAAGUGGGGGGCUGUAUGUUUUCAAACGUGAGCCAUGCAUUUUUCUUCAUCUUCUUCCAAAUAAGGAAGGUUCGAUAACGCAAGUGUCAGUUUCCCCAGAUGAAAAGUACUUUGCUUUUGCCACUGUGAAGGGAGUCGUAUGCAUCUUAGAACAAAGCCAGUCUCUAAAAUUUCGCCGUGUACAGACGUCUGCCGAGCACCACGGCUCAGAAGUUACGGCGUUGCAGUGGAAUGCGUGUAGGAGCGAGCUGUUUGUUGGAGAUGAUUCGGGAAGAAUAUCAGUCAUCAGUUCAUCUGCUUUUGUGGGGAAAAACAUGUUCCAGACGCCAUCUUUCAUAUUGAUGCGAUUGGAUUCUCGUAUUAUUCAGUUAGACUGGUGCUCAGAAUUGCUGUUGAUCUCGACAUUGUCUCGCUGUUACGUCUGUGACACGGUAAAGGAACGGUACCGCCAGAUCGGCCAUAAACUGAGGGAGGGAGAGUAUGGGGCAUGUUUCUACGUGACGGGAGAUCGCCGUGACCUGCCGUCUAGGUACGAGCAUCGGGGUUCAAAGACGGGCGGUGCUUUCAGCUCGCUGAGUGCAGACGAGAAGUUUGCGUGCUGUGAAGGACUGCAGAAUCUGAAAAUGUUCUGCGCAAGACCCGGUUCUCGCUUGUGGAAGGUAAAAACCGAUGGCACAGUUCUCAGUACGCAUCACUUCAAACAAGCUCUUGCCAUUCCUCCUACCAACAUUACUGGACCUCAUGACAUGCAGCGUGUUGGUGGUAGCGUAUUAGAAGCUACCCAGAAUGAAGAAUGCGGCCGGCAGUCCUUUAAUUUUACAAAACUGUUUAUAAUUGCAAAGAAAUUUAUAUUUACUUUCAAAAGGGAUGGGAUCUAUAUCCUUGAUCCUGACAAGGGAAGUGUUAUACUGUGGAAUAAUAGUUUUAAAGAUAUUGUUGAUGCUAAAACACUGGAUGAUGCAGUAUAUAUAUGGACGGCAUCAGGACGCAUGCACGCUCUGUUGAUGUUGCCAUUGGAUAGGGUCCUAGUUAGGUUGUAUUUGCGUAAGGAGUAUGCUCUCUGUGCUCAUCUCUGCGGACUGCAUCAUAAGUACCUAAUGGAGUUGGCUACAGCAUCUAGUAAGCUUCAAAUUCUGGCAGAUCUUGGGACUAAACUCAAAGACAGUGAAGUAGCGAGAACAAUCCAUCCUCUGCUGCAAGAAAUCAGAAAAUUUGCUCGAGAGAAACAGAAUGUCCAGAGACUGAGGUCUGGAAUUUUUCUUGUAGAAAAUAAGCAGUUCUUUUGCAGCAAGGAAGGAGAAAAUGGCGAAUCAUUAAAGUCGCAUCUUUGCGUUCGGUCGACGAAAGAGAAGUCACGAUCGUUAAGCGCGUCGCCCGAAAGUAGUCGGAGGAAGAAAAAUGGAGCAAGUCGGCGGGAAAUGAAGUCCGUUAGUGUGACGUCUCUACCUGAACUUGCAUUCCGCUCAAAUGGCUUGUCUACAGAAGAUGGUACUCAACCUUAUCACAGAUUACGCGCCAAGCAUGAUUCCAGCGGCGAUGCUCUGGUUUCUAAAUCGGGCGAUUCGCUCUCUUCUUCUGAUUCAGCGUUCCAUCCAGAAGGUGUUCAGGUACUGAAAGAGCUGAAAUAUUCUGUGUCGUGGAAGUCACUGAAAGAGAAGUGGAAAAUGUUAGAAGGUAAAAUGAAACUCUUGAAUCAGGACACAGUUCUCGAACCUUUCGAUAUUAGACCAUCCGACUACCAGGAUGCUGUUCUGGAUGAAGAAUGCUCAAAUGAACACAUGGAACUUGUACAUUCUUAUGGUGAUAAGUCAAGACCCAGAGAGUCACAUUUUCCUGUACUUGAUGUAUCAAAUAUCACUGAUCUCUGUAACCUCUUCGUUACGUGCGAGCAAAGUGGAGCGGAUAAGUCUGAACUGGUGUGUGAAUUACUGAAUGCUAUUUGUACCAUUUAUGAACUAUUUAUCAGAGCUUUGCUGAAGACGGACUUCAAUAUCGUGGAUGAUGGUACCGUGCAAAUUUCAAAACUAGGUCGCCUAAGUAAUUUGAAGUCUGAGUUUAACGUAACUGGUACUUUUCCUUUUGCUUAUUAUUUUGCUGAUGACACGGUGAAAAUUAUUCGUGACGAAUUUCACCUUGCUCUGAAAACAAAAUCUCUUAUUACAUGGCUGCAAAACAGAGUUCAAGACGUACGCCUACAACAUACAGACCGGCUUCCAGAGCAUUUGAAGGAUUUCUAUUCAGAAGAUGCUGUGAAACUUGAUAUUAUUUUGAGCAAUAUUCUUGUUAUUUUCUCAGAACUGUUUGAUCCUUCGCUCAUGUUGCAGUAUGUACAGACAUCAGAAUUAUCUUGUUAUUACUUCUCGUUAUGUGUAAUUCUUGAUCGAUAUGAGGAAGGUAACUUGUAUUGCACGGGUGACGGUACAUCAGGACAGGCUGCAUAUGAUGAAAUGCCUCCUCCUCUCCUUCUGAGUACUAUAUUUUUUAUGUUCGGCGUGGAGCGUGUUGAGACUUGCUGUAAGCUGAGCAAACGGGUAUCCGUGAAAGACGUCUGGUACCUUAUAAUGAGACUCCUUCAGUAUGCUGAAAGUAAUGGAAACAGAGAAUCCGCAAAGUCCCACUGUUAUUCGUUAUUUCUUUCUUAUUUGGAGAAGAUGCCGGCCAGCAGUGACUGUCUGUCAAAAGUAUUUUCUGACGACCAUCUGAGGUUAUAUGCCACCGUAGCAUUUGAGGAGGUAAAUUCCGUGGCAAAUGGAUCCUGUGUCUGCGGCUUUCCUGUGAUCUGUUCGAAAACAAUGCUGUAUCCAGACCUGGCAAAAGUGCUAGUAUCAUAUUACUGGGACAGUAACCAAGGACGUCUCAUAGAACUGUGUAAGAAAGUGCCAUCUUUGUGGCACUUGAUAUUACCUCGUAAAGAAGAUGGGGGAUUCAGUUCAGUUCUUCCGCUCAUCAUUCAUUUAGGUGACACAUUGGAGCUUGAAAAGUGGCUGCCUAACAUGGACCAUGCUGCUUGGUCACGGACGCUCGACCUUCUUGCCGUAUUCCGUUCUGGCACUUGUGUUAACUGCGGUUCUGUUUUCGCAACAUCCAAGGAUCAGCUGGGAGGAAUGUUGUGGUCUUCUGUAGGACCUCUGAUGGUGAAAGCUUUGGGUCCUCAUGAAGCGGUACAGCUCAUGACAAAAUAUGCAUCACAUAUUGCACCAGGAGAACUGGGUGUUAGGUUUUUCCAGUCAUGCAUAUAUUCAGCAAUAAUUGAUAAUCAUGCACGAGGUUUGAGAAAUGAAGUAAUUGCUAUGCUGAAUGCUUGUUCCAAGGAAGCGGCCAAAACUGCCUUGUUUUCACCUGUGGUUUGUCCGUCUGUAGAAGAGGCCCUAAAAGAAGAUUUGGGGAAGCACGUACAACUUCCCAUUGCCUCGGAGAAGUAUCACUGGGGCGUGAAAGUCAAUAUGGUCGAUGGAAACUGUCCCUUUUGUUCUUUGCCCCUGGGCUCGCUUGUCCUUAUGAAAGAUGGUGGCGUGAUGACAUUUCGCUGUGGUCAUUCAUACCACGUCGUGUGCCUUGAAAGACAGACGCAGCGCCACACUUGUCCCAUCUGCGUCAAGAACAGCUGAGGAACUGAAAGUCACUUGGGAACGGGGUUCAAAAUGUUGGUUAGCUGGAAAUGAGCAUGCAAGAGUUCUGUCAUUUGCAAGACACAGUAAAGCUUGGUAUGUAUAAUAAACCUUAACUUGAAAGCUAAGACUAGCUUUAAUUAUUGGUGUAUCGAGUUCUUAUUUCUACCCCUGUGGAAGUGAGCAGCUUCUAAACAUUUUUAUGUGUUUAUCGUCAUGACUUGUGUUAUUUUUAUAUCAGUUUUAAAUGGCAUCUUACUGCACUCAUUAAUUUAACUGUAAUAUGAACAGAAUUGUUUCGUAAUAGGUUUUUGCUCAUAGAUUUUGUGUUUUUUAACACAUUUGAAAGAAUCAAAUUGUAAGUAAUUGAUAAGUUGUCUUUUUAAAAAUUAGUUUUGUUAUAUUUUUAAUGACCUGCAAUAAUACUAUUAUGCCGUCGUGAACUAUGUUGGAAUAAGUGACAUAAUUAUGAAUGUGAGUUUUGUUUCUUCUGUUGUACAUAAACUAGUUUUUAACAUUUACAUUUAUCACUUCUGAAAGAAUAGGGAAUAUAAAUUAUAUGCGAGAUCUUUACACUCUAAUUAAGUGAAGAGAGAGAUUAUUGUUUAUUUGAAUUUUUCUGUUUUUUGCCCUGUUGUGCUAAAGGAAGCUUGGUUUAUGUUUAAGUGACUUUGUUUAGGAUGUGGGAAUGAAUCAUUGUUUCCAUUGUAAGUCUCGGAUUUGCCCACAAAGGCAAUGUGGAGGACUAAAAAGUCCGAUCUGUGUGGAAAAUCUGUAUUUUCUUUAUGUAGUACACAGUACACCAAACUUUUAUCAAAAUUACGUCUUUAAUAUCUGUAACUCGUAAUUUUGGGCCUACCGCUAGAUACUAUAAAUAAAAGAAUGUUGUGUAUUUUAUAACUGAUAUUUAAUUCAUAUGUGGUUUUGCUGCAUGUAACUAUAGCAACUGUAGACUCUUGGGCAAUACAUGUUCAUUGACAAAUGUUUUUCAUGAGUGCCUUGUACAUUUGAAUUUAAUAAAGUUACGCAUAAUCUCCGAA